GCGGCAGUUGCUGGCAAGCCCGGGAGGACAGGACGGCUUUCGUUGCCUCGGCCGUUGCAUCCGUGAGGGUGUCGUGUCGCCGCCCCCCUGGCCCCCAAGCCCGCUGACCGCCCAAAAGGCUCGUGUGCUCUCCAGAACUCGCCAGCCUCUCGCCGCUUGCCCUGCAGGCCGUGCCUCCUGCAUCAUGUGCGGUAUAUUUGCUUACUUAAACUACCAUGUUCCUCGCACGAGACGAGAAAUUUUGGAGACCCUAAUCAAAGGCCUUCAGAGACUGGAGUACAGAGGAUAUGAUUCUGCUGGUGUGGGGAUUGAUGGAGGCAAUGACAAAGACUGGGAAGCCAAUGCCUGCAAAAUCCAGCUCAUUAAGAAGAAAGGAAAAGUUAAGGCGCUGGAUGAAGAAGUUCACAAACAACAAGAUAUGGAUUUGGAUAUAGAAUUUGAUGUACACCUUGGAAUAGCUCAUACCCGUUGGGCAACGCAUGGCGAACCCAAUCCUGUCAAUAGCCAUCCCCAGCGCUCUGAUAAAAAUAAUGAAUUUAUUGUUAUUCACAAUGGAAUCAUCACCAACUACAAAGACUUGAAAAAGUUUUUGGAAAGCAAAGGCUAUGACUUUGAAUCUGAAACAGACACAGAGACAAUUGCCAAGCUUGUUAAGUACAUGUAUGACAAUCGGGAAAGUCAAGAUACAAGUUUUACUACCUUGGUGGAGAGAGUCAUCCAACAAUUGGAAGGUGCUUUUGCACUUGUAUUUAAAAGUGUUCAUUUUCCUGGCCAAGCAGUAGGCACAAGACGAGGUAGCCCUUUGUUGAUUGGUGUACGAAGUGAACAUAAACUAUCUACUGAUCACAUUCCAAUCCUCUACAGAACAGGUAUAACUACUGACCAAAUAAAGCAAGAUGAUAAUAAUCGUUUCCACUUAAGUCAAAUCAGAGGAGGCAAAGAUAAGAAAGGAAGCUGUAAUCUCUCUCGUGUGGACAGCACAACUUGCCUUUUCCCCGUUGAAGAAAAAGCAGUGGAGUAUUACUUUGCUUCUGAUGCAAGUGCUGUCAUAGAACACACCAAUCGUGUCAUCUUUCUUGAGGAUGAUGAUGUCGCUGCAGUGGUGGACGGCCGUCUUUCUAUCCAUCGAAUUAAACGGACUGCGGGAGAUCACCCUGGACGAGCUGUGCAGACCCUCCAGAUGGAACUCCAGCAGAUCAUGAAGGGCAACUUCAGUUCAUUUAUGCAGAAGGAAAUUUUUGAGCAGCCAGAGUCAGUUGUGAACACAAUGAGAGGAAGAGUCAACUUUGAUGACUAUACUGUGAAUUUGGGCGGUUUGAAGGAUCACAUUAAGGAGAUCCAGAGGUGUCGGCGUUUGAUUCUUAUCGCUUGUGGAACAAGUUAUCACGCUGGUGUAGCAACACGUCAAGUUCUUGAAGAGCUGACUGAGUUGCCUGUUAUGGUGGAGCUAGCCAGUGAUUUCCUGGAUAGAAACACCCCAGUUUUUCGAGAUGAUGUUUGCUUUUUCAUUAGUCAGUCAGGCGAGACAGCAGAUACCCUGAUGGGUCUUCGGUACUGCAAGGAGAGAGGAGCUUUAACUGUCGGGAUCACAAACACGGUUGGCAGUUCCAUAUCAAGAGAGACAGACUGUGGAGUUCACAUCAAUGCUGGGCCCGAGAUUGGGGUGGCCAGCACAAAGGCAUACACAAGCCAGUUUGUAUCCCUUGUGAUGUUUGCUCUUAUGAUGUGUGAUGACAGGAUCUCCAUGCAAGAGAGACGCAAAGAGAUCAUGCUUGGAUUGAAGCGGCUGCCUGAUUUAAUUAAGGAAGUUUUGAGCAUGGAUGAUGAAAUUCAGAAACUGGCAACAGAACUUUAUCACCAGAAGUCAGUCUUGAUAAUGGGACGUGGCUAUCAUUAUGCUACUUGUCUUGAAGGGGCCCUAAAAAUCAAAGAAAUCACUUACAUGCACUCGGAAGGUAUCCUUGCUGGUGAGUUGAAACACGGCCCUCUAGCUUUGGUGGAUAAGUUGAUGCCUGUCAUCAUGAUCAUCAUGAGAGAUCACACCUAUGCCAAGUGUCAGAAUGCUCUUCAGCAGGUGGUUGCUAGGCAGGGCCGGCCAGUGGUGAUCUGUGAUAAGGAAGACACUGAGACCAUUAAGAACACAAAAAGAACAAUCAAGGUGCCACACUCAGUGGACUGCCUGCAGGGCAUUCUCAGCGUGAUCCCCUUACAGUUGCUGGCCUUCCACCUGGCUGUGCUGAGAGGCUAUGAUGUUGAUUUCCCGCGGAAUCUAGCCAAAUCUGUAACCGUAGAAUAAGGAACAUCUGAAACUGGGCGAUUAAGCAACACAAGACACCUUUUGUAUUUAAAACCUUGAUUUAAAAUAUCACCCCCUAAGCCUUUUCUAGUAAAUCCUUAUUUAUAUAUCA